AUGAGGGUGCUUUUCCCAAUUUCUUUGUCGGCCGUUGUAGCCACGGCUCUAGCCUCGCCUUCCGUUACCAUUGAUGCUGGCACUCUCAAGGGUGGAAAGUGCAGCGGUGGGCAAGGUGCGGUCUACUACAAGGGCGUUCCAUUUGCAGAACCUCCAGUUGGGGACUUGCGAUUCGAACCUCCCAAGGCCUACAACAAAAAAUACUCAAACGGAGUACUCAAUUCAACCAUUUCUGCUCCAACUUGUAUUCAAUUUGGAAAUGGGACUGUGCCAUCUGGAACCAAAUCUGAAGACUGCCUUUACUUGGACAUUUGGGCUCCAUCUAGCGCGACUAAAGACUCAAAACUCCCUGUCAAGGUUUGGAUUUUUGGCGGAUCCGACACAGAAGGCGGCAUUGAAUACUCUCUGUAUGACGGCUGCAACCUGGCCGAGAAAGGCGCAGUGGUUGUAUCACUGAACUACAGACUCGGGCCCCUCGGUUUCUUAGCACUUAACAGUGCUGGAAUUUAUGGUAAUCAGGGAAUUCAAGAUCUGAUUCUUGGAUUCGAAUGGGUUCAGAAAAGCAUUUCCGCCUUUGGCGGUGACCCUGAAAAAGUGCUCGCUUUCGGACAAUCAGCUGGUGCUACAGACGUAUACACUAUUGCGACUCUUCCUGCGGCACCAUCUCUCUUCAAGAGCGCCAUAAUUGAAUCGAUUGCUUUACCUCAAUUGACACAGAAUUCGUCUGCCCAAAAGCUGGGUGCUUCGUUUGCGAAGCAGCUUAAAUGCGGUCUAAACGACAAAUCCUGUCUCCAAUCCGUUUCCUCUGCCGACCUUCAGAUGGCAUUUUAUUCCAAUGCCUAUAUGAAUUCCGGGAUCGGGGGACUCAGUGGAAUUGGAAUUUCCAACAGCCAGACGCCCGAAUUCUGCCCAAUUGUGGAUGGCACCGUCGUCAAAGAGAAUCCUCUGUAUCGUGGGGCACAAGUCCCGGCAGUCUUUGGAUACAGUAGGCACACCUUCCACCUUAUGUCGAAUCAUAGACUGAAAGCUAACACGUCAAAAUUACAAGAUCAACAAGAGGGCAAUUUGGAUGCCAUCACGAAGUAUCCGUCAGCGAAGCUCAUCGCAAACCUCACAGCGGCUGAUUACAAGGCUUUUCUUCAAGGAGACUUUGGCCCUGCAGCUCAAAUGAUCGAGAAAUAUUACCCAUUAUCUCUCUUUGAAUCUGCCGUCAAGAAACUCGGGUUGACGGCCGGAUCUGGUGUAUUGGAGGCUAUUGCACAAGUCCUCACAGACGCACAUUUCAAAUGCCCAACAUAUCAGAGUGCGAUGCAUACCGCACGCAAUGGUAACCCGGUAUGGGCCUAUGAGUUCACUCACAAUUCCACCUGUGCGUGGCUGGAUACACUUGUUCCAAUUGCAGACGAUUUGUCAGUCAUGGGCGCCGCUCAUACUGCUGAAAUCCCAUUCGUCUUCGGCAAUUUGAAUUUCAGCUAUCCUAACGAGCACUACACCUGCAGUGGUUCACAAGCUGAGUGGGAUUUGAGCAAUGAGAUGAUCAGCUUAUGGACAGCAAUGGCCGAGGAUGGCAACCCGUCGACCGAGGCUAUUCAAUGGCCGACAUUCCAAAUUACAUCCACGGGCUCGAAUACCCCUGGAAUGAUCUUCGGGAAUUCAAGUACGCCUGGCCAGAUUGACUUCUCCGUCUGCAAGUUAUGGGCUCAGGUCAGCGCCAUGCUGGAUGGAAGAAAUACCACGGCUACGGCACAGACGUCUUCCAGUAGCAGUGCAAAGCCUACGGCUUCACCGACCAGUUCUUUUUCGACGAGUGGCGGUGUAACUUCUUCCCCUUCCAUCGGAGGUUCGAUCUUUUUGAGCACUAUUUUGAUGGGGGCUGCUAUCCUGAUUUGA